CUUCACUGAAAACUGCAGAUACUCCGUCAGGGUGUCUCCACAGAUAGCCAACAGGAUUGUUGAUUCGGCCAGAAGCAUUUUGAACAAGUUCCUACCAGAUAUCUAUAUCUACACAGAUCACAUGAAAGGAGCCAAUUCAGGAAAGUCACCAGGAUUUGGUCUCUCUUUAGUGGCAGAAACAACAAAUGGAACCUUUCUCAGUGCUGAACUUGUUUCAAACCCUCAAGGUCAAGGGUCACCAGUCCUACCAGAAGACCUUGGCAAGAACUGUGCAAAGCUUCUUUUAGAAGAAGUCUACAGAGGUGGCUGUGUAGAUUCUACAAACCAGAGCUUGGCUUUAUUAUACAUGGCCCUCGGACAGCAGGAUGUUUCAAAAAUUCAGAUUGGUUCACUGUCCCCGUACACGAUUGAGUUUCUGCGGCAUCUGAAAAGCUACUUCCAAAUAAUCUUCAAAAUUGAAGCCCAACCCAUGGAAGAACAGAAAGGUGGAGAUAAAGUAUUAAUGACUUGUAUUGGUGUUGGCUUUUCUAACAUCAGUAAAACUGUCACGUAGGAAGACUAUUAUUGCAUCUGAAUGUUUGGCAUGAUUCAUUGUAUAUUUAAACCUUCAAUCAUUUGUAUCUUUGGAAUUUUGUGCAUGAAAACUGAUGUUUCACAAGGACACAGUGUUAUUAAUCUGUAACUUACAUUCUUUUGUCAUUUGGCUUAUACUAAAAACUUGAGAGGUCAAUGCAAGUUGAUUGGUUUCUUCCAAGAAGCCAAUUUCAGUUUUCUUUUAAAAGUUGUUGAAAGACUUCUGUUUACUCAGCUAAAAUCUUAUUGUCGUUUAAUGCUACACUGACUAUCAAGGGAUGACCUUUUGGAAUAUCUGUUCUUGGUGCAGUGCUUAUGUUGGCUUCGUUAUUUACAUUUAUAUUUUCAUAUUGACCCAUUCAGACGUGCUGUUACUCAUCUCUGGAGCUGGUGUGGAUUGAAUCCCGGUCUCCUGGCUCAGAGAUCGGGACACUACCAUAAAGCCACAAGACCUCUUAAAAUAGAGAAUCGAUUUAAAGAUGCAAAGACAUCAAAUAUUGUUUGUUCAGAUGACAAUAUUUAAUCCUGAUAUCCAAAUCAUGGAUAUACAUUGUAAAUAGCUGGGGCCCAAGCACUGAUCCUUGCAGUACCGCCGGCAACCUCAAAAAGACCCAUUUAUUCCUACACAUUUUUCCUGUCUGACCAGUUCUCAAUCUAUACCAGUAUAUUCUUCCCAGUCCUGUGGGAUCUAAUUUUGUGUCGCUAAUCUUGUUUAGAACCUUCUUAUAAGCAUUCUGAAAAUCCAAAUCUACCACAUCCACUAGAUCCCCCCUUACCUUUUUGUUACUUACAUCCUCUGAAAACUCCCAACAAGUAUGUUAAAUGUGAUUUCCCUUUCAACAAUUCGUGUUGACUUACCCAAUCCUCCUCCUAUUUUCUAAGUAUUCUGUUUUUACAUCCUUAUCGUAGAUUCUUGCAUUUUCCUUUUGACUAACAUUAGACUAAAGGAAUGUAGUUCCCUGUUUUCCUUCUCCCUCCAUUAUUGAAUAUCCAAUCUACAGGGAUCAAUCCAGAAUGUAUUGAAUUUUCUACUAUCUCCACAGCUACUUUUUCACCAAUAGGUUGUAGAUUAUCAGAUUCAGGAAAUGUACGUACUUUAGGUCCCAUUAAUACCUCUAGUAUUAUGUUAUUUUUAAUUAAAAUCUUGCAGUUUCUUGUUUACACAUUACUACAUUCUCCAUUAUCUCUGCGAGGUAUUUAGUGUUUGUUUAAUUUCUCGCCCAUUUCAUUAUUCCUUUUUAUAACUUUUGACCUUGCCUGCAAUGGAUCCACACUUGUUAUGGCUAAUCUUUCCCAGUUUGCAAUUUACAGACUAUUUAUACAGCUUUCUCUAGUUUUCUGAAAUUUUGUUUUCCCUUUCUUAAUCUUUUUCUUGGCUGUCCUUUUGGAAUUCUAAAGUCCUCGCAAUCCUCAAACUUAGCAAUUUUUGACAAUUGUGUAGGCUUUUUCCAAAACAAACCUUAAUUUCUUUUGUUGGCCAUGGUUAUGGUAUUUUCAUUGCUGGGUUUUUGUGCAUUACAAAAAUAUAUUUUUGUAAAGUAUGUGUUAGUUAUUUAAUUGGCCAUCACCUGCCUGUUGCCAUACAUUUAUGUGUAGUUUCUCUAUCUACCACAGUCAAUCUGCCCCUCAUAGCUUCAUGAUUUCCUUCAUUUAGAUUGGAGUUUCUAAUUUCUGACUGAACUAUAUCAAUUUCAUCUUAAUGUAAAAUCUAGCAUAUGGUGUGUUUAUCUGGGUUCAGGACUUAAAUUUGAACAUUUAUCAUCUCCCUUGUACUCUACACUAGGCUUGAGAUUAGCAAUUUUUUUUAAACCAUAGAUUUGCCAGUCCUCAAAUACAGCAAAGAAGUGAACUGCUAAUUCUUAAAAGGAAUUGUUCCUCCACAGUUCUACAACAGUCUUUGGCCAAAAGAGCAAAUGGGCAUUCCCCUGUCCUGUGCCACCCAGCACCCAGUCAUUAGGUGAUUGACUUACUGGUUUACCUGCUUCUGUCCCUUCCUAGCAAAUAGGAGUUGACAAUGGGGAAAUUCCAAAGUCACUGCACUUUGGUUAUGCAAACCUGCAAUUUUAAACAGCUGAUCAUUGUAGCUUUAGCCGAGCUUGAGCACUGUCGCCUCGGAGUCAAAAGGCUUUUGAUUUCAAGCCCCACUACAGAGACUUGAGUACACAAUUUAGACUGGUACUUUGGUACUGUAUUGAUUGAGUGCUGCACUGUUGGAGAUACUGUCUUUCAGAUAAGAUGUUAAACUAAGACUAUCUCCUUCACUGUCUUCUGUCUUCCACCUCAGCCUGCACUCAUUCAAACCUCAGUUACAAUUAAAAGAUGCCACAGCAGUCUGGAAUAAGAACAAGGAACUUCCUUUGGCGCAUAUCUAUCUGCCAACUAAAAUUAUGUGGUCAUUCUCUCUUUGCUGUUUUGGGGAGUAACUUGUUGCUUGCAAAUUUGGUGUUUUAUUUCCAGAUGUUAGAAAAAUAACUUCAGUUCAGAGAUUGCUGUAAAACCCUCUGCAACAUCCUGUAGAAGCGGAUAAGAACAGGAAUCAGCUAGUCAAUCCUUUCAAACAUGUUUUGCAGUUCAAUUAAAUCACGGCUGACCUUAAUUUACUCUCCUUAUGUCUGCAUGCUUUAAUAUCCUUACCUAACAAACAUCUUACCUGUUUCAACUGAUCUAAUUUAUAGUUUUUUUUUUAAGGUGUUGCAGAUAUGCAUUAUUGUGAAAAAUGUGUUAAUUGACAUCACUUCUGAAUGGUCCAACUCUAAUUGAAGAUUAUGCCUUUUUUUGUGACCGUCCUAUAAGGGGAAAUAAUUUCUCUCUUUCGACCUUUUAAAUCCUUUAAAUACUUCAAUUAGAUUACUCCUUAAAUUGCUAUACUCAAAUACAAAUCUAUUCCACCUAUCUUCAUAAAAAUUUUGGAAUCAUUCUGGUGGAUCUUUUGAACGCUUUCCAACACCAUUAUAUCCACACUGAGAUGCAGUGUCCAGGAUUGAACACAGUAUUCAAGAUAAGGUCUAAACAGAAGGAUGCUACAUGAAUUUCAAGUUAUAUAUUGCUUAUGCACGACUUGAUAAUUUUUAAAAAUGUAACUUGCAAUUAUGUUGAAGAUAAUUCAACAUAAGGUCAUACUUAUUGGGAAAGGAGACUUCUCAAAGUUUCUGAGAUAACAAGGUGUAGAGCUGGAUGAACACAGCAGGCCAAGCAGCAUCAGAGGAGCAGGAAAACUGAUGUUUCAGGUCGAGACCCUUCAGAAAUUUCUCAAAGUUUCUGUUCGUUUGUAUGAAUGACCAUGUUCUAAUGGUUUGUCACUUGUAUACCUUUUUUAGUAAUACAAAAGUUAGAUUGUAAUACUUCAUUCAUUCUUGUCAGUAUAUAUUGUUGCAUUUAUACUGUCCAUUGUUAGUCCCUUUUUACAAUAAAAUGCCUGCAAUAUAAACUACGUUAAUAAAAUCCCCAACUUUAGUUAA